AUGACAUCAAAAAUUCACAUGUUCCUCCUGACUUGGUUGUUAACCCAGCAGGUGACAGGCCUGGCUGAGUCUUUCAAUCUGGACAUGGCUCCCGAUGCAUUUGAUGAUCAGUAUGAGGGCUGUGUCCAAGAAAUGGAGAAAAAAGCACCCCAGUUGUUAAAAGAAGAUUUUAACAUGAGUGAGCAAUUAAAAGUUGAGUGGGAAAAGGCAGAUCAACAUUGGAAGAAGAUAAAAAACAAAAUGAGCUAUCCUGAAGGUUUCCAUGAUUUCCACGGAACGGCUUUAGUAGCCUACACUGGGGACAUUCACAGAGAUUUUAACAGAGCUGUUAGAGAAUUCAGAAAAAAUUUCCAUAACUUUCCUUACAAGGCCUUCCAUUACUACUUAACAAGAGCUCUUCAGCUUCUGAAUAACAAGAGUUGUUACACAGUUUACCGAGGCACCACCAACAAGUUUCAUUACAGCAGGACGGGCUCUGUGCGAUUUGGACAGUUUGCUUCCUCAUCUUCAGCUAAGGCUGUAGCUGUUUCAAAACCAUUUUUAAGUAAUCGUGGGACACUAUUCAGCAUUGAAACAUGCUUGGGGGUUGAUAUCAAAGAAUUCUCCUUCUUGUCCACUGAAAAGGAGGUGUUAAUUCCAGGCUAUGAAGUAUAUCAGAAAGUAAUUGUAACACAAAAUGAAAAAGGGUACAAUGAAGUUUCUCUGGACUCUCCCCAAAGAGGGAAGAGCAACUUUAAUUGCUUCUAUAGCUCCACAGGAGGCAGAGACAGCCCUGCAUUCCUGCUGCAUGUGGUGCUACCUGGUCUCCUCGUCCAGCUGUUUCCUCUUGCUGAGCUGUAG